AUGCAGAGCGUGCGGCGCCAGAAGCGGCCCGACCACGCCGCGGGCGUGUCCACGCAGCGCGACUCCCCCGGCACCAACUCGAAGCCCGUCGUGGAGAGCGGCGGCGAGCCCACGCUCAACAGCAAACCCACCCACACUGCGAGCCACGGCCACAUCCGGCCUACCCGAGCCCCACCCCGCGCUCGACUCGGAUCCGACCCGACCCCUGCCGCCGUUCUCCCCGCGCCCGGUUUUCUCUCCCCCACAUCCGAGCGGUUCCCCCCCCCCCCCCCCCCCCCCCCCCGCCCCCUCUCCACUAGCUCGUCCGAGCGGUUUUUUCCCCCGCCCCCUCCACCAGCUCGCAGAUGCGGCGCGGCCCCGCGAUUCCCCUGCGCCGCUGGCCCCCGUGUUUCCCUCCGCCUUGCGUCGCCGGCCGCGCGAUUCCUAGGCGCCCGUGUCGUCCGGCGAGCUUGCAGCGACUGCUCCCGCCGGCCUGCGCGAGCCCCUGCCCGGCGAGCUGCAGCGUCUGCUCCCGACGCCGUUCGUCCCGUUGCUGAUCCGGGGACUGGCGCCGCCCACCGCCCGCUGCUGGUCAGCCCCUGCGUGUUCCCGCAUUCAAGGCGACGAUCUCCCGUUCCCAACGCCGGUCUGGCUUUUCUAUCAGACUGUGGAGCAGCUCAACGGAGCGAUCCAGGUUUUUGGAUGAAUGCUGCUGAUUCCCUGCAAGGCACAAGGAUUAUAUUGGUUCUCAACCGAGCCGGGGAGCAUCUUCUAUGUGCCUCCUGUCCAGGAUGCCACUGCAGGUUCCAUGACCAUGGAGAUGAGGCUGCAGAACAGCGGGUGUACAAUGGGGCGUACACGGACGAGCUCUGCAAAAAAAGAAGGGAUAUGGAUGACCGGAUCGAUCCUGCUGCGACAACCAUUCUGACCCUGCUGGAGGCGACAGCUAGACGGCAAACAACGUCUCGUGAAUCCAACCUCUGCUCGUGCUAACCUGACCUCUGCCUGUGGAACACCCUCUAUACAGGUCUUGAGCUCCAGGACCAUCUUCUUGCAAAACUUCCAUGACCAUAGGUGUCACCCAGCUUGGGAUUAUGUCGCUUCCGCUCCUCCCGUCGCCGGUGCUCCUCCGGCGCUCCGCGAUGUCACUCUGUCCUCCCGUCGCCCCUAGGAGAGUACUCCCAACAGCGCCGGAUCCUGCGACCAAAUCCUCCUUCGGCGUGCCAUCUGCUCAGGAGCUUCCUCAACACGCCCUCCAUCUCUGUUUGCUCCCAUGCGCCCCUAGUUUUGCUCUUAUGCAAUGUGUAUAGGCUGUCUUUAACCUGCAUAUACUAAUAAUUCUUAGCUCUUAUGCAGAUUGCAAUAUGCAUGCUGGAUACCUGCACAUGAGAUGGUUGAUUGGCUAGAUAGUUUCUGAUUUCCUUUUUGUUUAUUGUUCUACCAUAUUGUAAAAACAGGGUCAAUAAAAUAGCAGAAUGCAUUGAGUUUUUAUGAACUCUUAUGGUGUGCUCGGUUUAAAUAUGGUGAAUGUAAAUGCAAAGUGUUCUCAGUUUUGUGAUAAGAGAACUUACUGCUACUUUGCAUAGAAUUGAA